UUUCCUGCCGGCCUCUCAGCAGAGGAUGUGUGGAGGAGAGAGAGUGUGUGUGAGGGGAAAAGAGGAAAGCCGUUAGUAGCAUGGAUAUGUGCCCUCUCUCCUCCACCCUUUCUCCUCCUCCCUCCUCUUCCUCCUCUCCUCUGUCUCCUCUCCGGCUUGCUUCGCCCUCGGCCGCCUGCCUCUGCGCCCUGGGCCCCCUCAGUGCUGGCCCUCGGGGGGAAAAGAAGUCUCCUCUGGUGGACGGGCGGCUGAAAACUCAACUUCAAUGUCAGCUGGAGACCAGAAGAAUGGUGGUGACAGAGCUGAAGACACGGUGCGAGAGGCUGCGGUUUGGCCGGAGGUGGAGAGGGCGGAGCGUCUGGCCCGCGGUGCUGCCCUGAAGUGGGCGUCGGGUGUGUUCUGCCGGCCGGAGCACCUGGAGCGACUGGGCCAGUACAAGAAGAGGGAGAGCCAGAGGACGGCGUCCGUCCACGCCCGGCUGAAGUCCAUGGUCCAGUCGUACCUGGAGGGGGUGGGCUGGGGCCUGGAGCAGCUCCGGGAGGCCCGGGCCGAGCUGCGGGAGGUGUCGCGCACCUUAGGCCGAGCGGGGCUGGAGUCGGACGCAAACGCGGAGGAUGUGAAGUCUCUGGAGAGGCUGAGGGACGUGUCAGUGAGUCACCAUCAGCUGCUCGCUGCCGUCAGCAACCUGCCACGGCUCUACUCCGUUCCUAGCCUGGUGUUGGAGACGGAACAACUGGUGGAGUCCCGGCGGCUCCUGGAGGCCCACGCCCGGCUGAUGGAUCUGGAGCAGUGGCAGGACGACAUCCUCUGGCAGCUCCACGGGCCGGCGGGGACGGCAGGAAGUGCUCUCAGCGCUGAGGACCAGGAGCUGGUGGCCAAGUAUUUCUCUGGAGUCGGGCAGCUGGUGGACGCCCUGGGGAAGGAGCUGUGGGCGGUGGUGAGCAGCGCUCUGGCCCUGGCCCGACAAAACCCCACGCCGUUUGUGUCCGCGGUGAGGAUCGUGGAGCGGGAGGAGGCCCUGGACCGGGCUCUGCUGGCGGAGAGAGCCGGCGGGGGGGGGCGGCCCCUGCCCCCGGGACGGCCGCGCUGCUGGAGAUCCAGCUUCUUCCAGGUACUAGAGGAGGCGGUGUCUGCGCGCUUCAGGAGCGUGUCCUACCUGCACGCCCGGGGGCCGGGGCUGGCCGGACACCUCUCCGCCCUGCAGCACGGCCUCAUGGCCGACCUGGACACCGUGCGCCACCUGCUGGAGCACUGCGUCCCGCCGCACUACCAGCUGACCAGAGCCUACCUGAGAGCUAGUCACCGCUGCCUGCACGCUCACCUGGCCCAGGUCAGCAGCUGGGACCUGGAGAGCGGGGAAAUCUUUGCGGUGCUGAACUGGGUAUUACACAUUUACAACAGCCCGGACAUGAUGGGCCACUCUGAGCUGAGGGCUGAGCUGGAGAGAGCAGAUCUGGGACCCCUCAUCUCCUCAGAGGGGUUGGAACAGCUGCAGAGCAAAUAUGUUCAGAGUGUUCGGAAGAGCGUGUCGGAGUGGAUGCACAAAGCUUUGCAAGUGGAGCUGCAAGACUGGCAGAGAGAUCAGGAGCCGGACACAGACCACGAAGGCUUCUACCAGACCAGCCUGCCCACCAUCAUCACCCAGAUGCUGGGGGAGAACGCCCGGGUGGCUCUGAUGAUCGGAGAAUCCCUGCGGGACCAGACCAUUCAGAUGGGGUUGUACGAGAUGGAAAACCUUUUAAACAGGUUUCGGGAAGCUCUGGUUGAAUUUGGGAAGGAGCAUCGCAGGGAUCUGAGCAACAACAAAAACAAGUUCUACCUCCACUACCUGCUGGCCUCCAUCAGCAACUGCAUCAUCCUGAAGAAGUCCACAGAGAGCCUGCAGCAGCAGCAGUCCUCCCGGGUGGCGGGACAGUUCACCCGGACUCCCCCCAACCCCCUGGCAGCUUUGGACCGGGCGGUGCGGCGGGCGUGCCGCCUGGCGAUGGACCAGCUGCAGCUGGACCUUCAGCCUUUCCUCCCCGGCCUGCUGACCCGACCCUGGCUGGUCCAGGGGGACCCCACGCCCAAACUGUGCAGCGUCCUGGAACUCCACCUGGACCUUUACGGGCGGGUCCGGCCGCCCUGUCGGCAGCGCCUGCAGGAGGAGGCCCAGUGGCUGAUGGUGGUGGAGUACGUCAGGGCCCUGAUGCAGAAGAGGCUGGUGUGUCGGAACAGCGAGGAGAGGAGGCAGCUGGCCCAGCAGAUGCUUCAGGAUGACCAGCUGUUCAGAGAAAUCUUCCAAUGCCUGCAGGAAGUUGAGGGGUCCGUGCCUGAAGUGAAUCCUUUGGCCUUGCUGCCCGUCUUGGCUGACUUCAUCCGGCUUAAAGACCCCGGCAUGCUCACUCUGGAAGUGUCAGGACUUGCAGCCAAAUACCCCGAUAUCAGCGAGGAGCACGUGUCCGUGCUGCUGGACAUCCGUGGUGACGUCUCCAGGGACGUCAGAGGCAACGUGCUGGACUUACUGGAGCAGAGCGCUCCUCCUCUUCCGGCCGGAUACCGACCCAUCUUCACAGACAUCCUGGUCCCUCCCUCGACAUUGGCCUUCUGUCUGCCCACAGCCAAGUGUGCAUGAGAGCCGGCACUCAAACUGUUACGUUUACAGCUCUGUUUCAUCAUUCUGAUCGUUCACGGCUUUAUCUCUGCCCCAGUUUUCCAGAACUUUAUGUUGGUGGCUUGCUGGUUCAAGUCUAACUUCAGUUACAUAAUCUUUAACUAUAUCAGAAAAUCCCAUUUUUAAAAAUAAAAUUUAAUAAAAUCCUAAAGAACUAUAUCAUAAACUAAAUUAUUGUAUACACAUAAAGAUUACAUAAAAUAAGAUGUCAUGUUACAGGAAAAAACUAUCAGGCUCAUGUAGGGUUCUAUGUGUUUAUUUCUACUUGAUAUGAUUCCAUGGAACAUGCAAAAUGUUGUUUCAUCUCCAAAAUGACAAUAUUAGUUUGAGGUUUUUAUGGGCUCUAAGUGUCUUCCAUGAAUAAUUUUGGCUGCUAAAUCACCACCCAUCACCCUCUUUAUUUGCCUGAUUUAUGGAAUUUUGUUGUCUUCAGUUUUAUGUUGCAUUUGUUGUUUAUAUAGAGUGUUUUAAUCUGAUGUUUAAAUAGUAUUUAUUGUAUUUAUGUAUCUGUUUCUUACUCUAAAUGUUUUAUUGUCAUUAAAAACACUAUGAUUUGACUUUUUCAGUUCCUUUAAAGUAAACCGUAAACUUAAUAAAAA